AGCUGGAAGUGGGGGACUGAGUCACACAACGCGUGGUGUAGAGAGAAUGAUAAUACUUCAUCAAUCAAGCCAAGCAACGGAACUUACGUUGAAACUUUCUUCAUUGACCUAAUUACCCUUUUCUCUCUUGUUAGUUAGUUCCUCAAGACAACAAAAUCCAUUCAUCAUCACCCACCUCUCUCACAAACUUCAUACACACAAACAAAACACAAUCACAUAAAAAAAAAAACUCUGUUUUUUUGCUCUGUUUAUUCUUUAAUUCUUUCAAAAAUCUCCCCUUUUUUGGGGUGUUGUUUAUUGUAUCUCUUGUUGAACCAACCUCUAAAGAUUCUGUUUUUUUUUGUGGUAAAGUUUGGUUCUUUAUAUCUCAAAUCGAGUUCUUGUUCGAAGAAAGAUGUGGUGGAUGAUGGGAGAAAACGGUGGUCACUACUGUUCUAAAAAGUCCGAUGAUUUAUGCGGAACUCAGGAAUCAGAUCGAGGCUUUGGUAUCUCAAGACUCUGUUGUAUCUUGCGUGGUGUUGAUUUAAAAUCGAUUCUGUUUCUUUUAGUAAUCGUACCAAUGUGUGUUCUUGGUGUAUACAUUAACGCCCUCAAGAUUUCAUAUUUCUUGAGACCUUUAUGGGAAUCACCACCAAAACCAUUCCAUGAGAUACCGCAUUAUCACCACGAGAACGCUUCUAUGGAAUCUCUUUGUAAACUCCAUGGCUGGGGAAUACGUGAGUACCCUCGUCGUGUCUACGACGCUGUUUUGUUUAGUACUGAAGUUGAACUUCUCACGAUACGGUGGAAAGAACUGUAUCCAUAUGUUACUCAGUUUGUUCUGCUUGAAUCUAACUCGACUUUCACCGGAUUACCUAAACCGCUUGUUUUCGCGGGGCAUAGGGAUGAGUUUAAGUUUAUUGAGCCACGGUUGACUUACGGGUCGAUAGGAGGAAGGUUUAAGAAAGGAGAGAAGAAUCCUUUUUACGAAGAGGCCUAUCAGAGAAUCGCACUGGAUCAGCUUUUGAGAAUUGCGGGUAUUACCGAUGAUGACUUGCUUAUUAUGUCUGAUGUUGAUGAGAUUCCAAGCAGACAUACGAUAAAUCUUCUCCGUUGGUGCGAUGACAUACCGAAAAUCCUUCAUCUUAGACUGAAGAAUUACUUGUACUCGUUUGAGUUCCCGGUCGAUGAUAAGAGUUGGAGAGCAUCAGUUCAUAGAUACCAGACGGGUAAAACGAGGUAUGCGCACUAUAGACAGUCUGAUGUGAUCUUGUCGGAUUCAGGGUGGCAUUGCAGCUUCUGUUUCAGACGGAUAAGCGAGUUUGUGUUCAAAAUGAAAGCUUAUAGUCACUACGAUAGAGUGAGAUUCGCACAUUACUUGAACCCGAAAAGGGUUCAAAGAGUUAUAUGCAGCGGAGCGGAUCUCUUCGACAUGAUUCCCGAGGAAUACACGUUUAAAGACAUUAUCGGUAAAAUGGGUCCGAUCCCGCAUUCUUAUUCCGCGGUUCAUCUUCCCGCAUACCUACUGGAGAAUGCAGAGAAGUACAAGUUUCUUCUUCCGGGGAACUGCUUGAGAGAUGAGGAAUGAAUUGGCUAUUGUAACUAAUAUGAUAUGGAACACUACUACUAACUCAUGAUUAUUAAUUCUUUGGUGAAUUUUUUUUUGAAAGAGUUCAUGGUCGAUUUUAUUGGUUACUUUCGUGUACAUAUACAAUUUAAUUUAUUAUAUUUUUAUCUCUUUGGGGUU